CGGUGUGAGAUUCUUCUGGGAACCGCCACGUGAGAAGAAGUGCCAUGUGUAAGAAAUAUAUGCUGCCAGGGUUUAAAGACCUAGAAAGGGUUUAUGGCAAGAAGGGUGUUUUUGGCGAGCGUUGGAACCGCAGGGGCAGCAGCGGCAGCUCUCUUGUUUUUUGGCGAUCGAUUCCAACCGGCUGUCGCGGAAUCGGGAGGAGCAGCGGCGGCGACCAAGAUUGGGCAGUUCAAGGCGAGUGGAUUGCUCUUCAAUGACAUUGUGGAAGUCACUGCUCUUCCCGAUCCAAAGAUUGAAGGCAUUACAAUUCACAUCUCCAAUGUCAAGCGAUCCCUGACCGAGCGUCUCUCAAGGGAUUUCUUCGCGGAUCCUUCCCAGGCUUCUGUUUCUGCAUCUCAGACAGGCCCGCUGAGACUGGUUUCGCCAAUCGCCCUCGGUUUGAAGGUUAAAGGGGAAGAGGUGUUCAGUGCAAAGAGGAACCUGUUCUUCAAGACGAUGCACGUCCGGAGGAUUUAUGAUGAAGCCAACAAUGCGCUUGUUUACGUAGCUUACAGCACGAGAGUCAGCCAAGAUAUGUCGGAGCCAAAUAGCAGAUAUAGAACUUCUCUAAGCAGCAUUAGUCUCUACGGCCAGAAUUUCAACGCCAAGCAACUAGAAGAGAAUGUUGAGUAGAAAUGGACAACUGUUAAUCCAUGGCUGUACAGAAUCUACAAGAAGAGUAUAAUCAAGCUCUUCGAUUUUUUAUAACCUUUGUCCUGUUUCCUUCAAA